UACACUUCAGAGAGAGAGAGAGAGAGAGAGAGUGUUGAUGGCAUGCAUUGAAAUGUUCAACACAGAUCAUCAAGGUCUCUGUGCUCCAAUGAGCCCAAGGAUCUCAUUCUCCAACGAUUUCGCUGACGCUGUAGAUCAUCACAAGAUCAAACGCGAGAGGGGAGUGGGACCCACAUCGUCUCCGGGUUCAUCGGACUUCGAAUUCACGGUGAGUAAUUACAGCAUGAUCGCAGCCGAUGAGAUCUUCUGCAAGGGGAGGCUGCUGCCCUUGAAGGAGAAUUGCACUACCCAAUUGCAGAAGAUGACGCUGCGGGAGGAGCUGCUGGUCGGCGACGACGAUGAGGAUGACGUGUCACAGAGGCCCCCCAAGGGCCCUAUCAGAUGGAAGGAGCUCUUGGGAUUGAAGAAGGGCCACGCCGUCGGCAAGAAGCAUGAGAAGGUUAAUGGGCCUUUGGAGAUUCUGGAGAGAGAGGCCCCUACGCAUGCACCCAUCGAGGCGGCGCACGUUAGCAAGGCUGCGCAGGAUGUUGAGAGUAAUGGAGGAUCGAGGUUCGUCGAGAUUGAGAUUUGAUAACAGAUAAGAGAAAAAGAGGGGUGUAGUGUAAAAAGAUUGGGGGUUGUUUUGGUUUUUUUUUUUUGGGUGGAUUGGUUGAGAGGGAGGGGUUGGAUAAUUAGAGGGGAGAGGAUUUGGGUUUGGAUUGGUCGGGUGGUUUUAACUUUGUAACUUGGGUUGAUCUUUAUUUCUUCUUUUGAUUUUUAAUAUCUUUAGAAGUUGGUGUUUGGCGGAUUUUUGUACAAAAUGUUUUGUGAUUCAAGAGUUUAAUUCCUUGUUGUGUUUAGCAUUCAAUGAUAUGAAGAUGGUUUCAGUGA